ACAACCUGCAGAUUAUAGACAGAUAACAUAUAUUUUACAGCAAGUGUGCGAUAUAGAUCUCACCAACUGAAUAUAGCAUUCUGAAGAUGCAAAACCCAGGUUAUGUUUCCGAUACUUCGGAUGAGGAAUAUGAGGACGACCAGAAUAGAGAAAGUAGUGAUGAAGAAGAAGACUCGAUUGAUGUUACUGAAACCGUAGGUAGCAGUUUUAUCAGUGAUGACUAUGAGGAGACUGAGGCCGAAUUAAAGCCGAAGCAAAAGAAAUGGGACCUGUUUCAGACAUUUCCUGAAAAAAGAAAUCAGGAAGCCAUCAACGAAUAUUGGAAUAAGGUCAACGUCUGCAUCAAGAUCUUCUUAUGUAUUAUAUUUUUCUUGAUUGUCCUAGCCACAAGUUUGAUUACAAAGUUAACAUUUAUCAUCAUCGCCUAUAAUAUCAAUAUACCAUCGAAUAAUCUAGAUUUCGAGUUCCUGAAACCCAAACUCCGAAUAAAAGAUAAAACAAUGGAAACUGAUAUACGGUGGAUCUGGUCAUUGGUUUUAAUUAUCAUUGCACCCUAUAUUUUUAACUUAGCCAAAUGCCUUCAUACACAAUGUUUUAAGAAAGCGAAGAAGAUGAAAUGGAAAUACCUACCAUUUACGCUAAUUAUAGAAACCAUCCAUUCAAUAGGCCUCGGAAUAUUCGUAUAUAUAGCAUCGUCUUCUGGAGACGCAUUAUACACUCUUUACAUGAUGCAAGGUGUCAGUCUGGUACCUGCCAUUUUGAAAUGCCUCCCGUCUUACAGAGCCGGCAAAAGUACUAGCGGCACCAGUAUGAUUGUAGCAUGUUUAUCUGCCAUAAUUCAUGGUGGAUUUUUAGUUAUCAUUGGAGUUAAAUCGACUUCUGAGGCAUCUAACAGUCAAUGGCUCUUUCCAGUUGCAUUGUUGUUAAUAUCAGUACAUUGGUGGGAAAACUUCGUUCCAAGAACUGGUGAAAAAAAAAGUAAAUAUCAGGGGUCUUUGGAACGGAUUGCUAAUAAAAUCCGACAUACGAAGUUGGAGUUUUGUGGAAUGCUUUUUAAACUUAUUAUCACCUUUUUGGUACCGAUCGUGAUAUUCGCCCCUAGAAACUGUGGGAAGACGUUAUUUCUACAGUCCGAAAAAGACCGUUCUGAUUGUUCGUUAUUCGGUAAUGUGACCUUGGUAAACAAGCCUGAAGGGUAUACAAUAACAUACGUGCCCUUAAUAUUAGCUGGAGUUAACAUACUGUCGAGUGUUAUUGGCUUCAAAGUAGCGAAAACUGCUUGUGUCAUCCGUUCCCAGAUUGCCUGUUUCACAAUUCCGUUGAUACUGGUCACUCCAUUAUCGUUUGUUAUAAUUCUGUUAUCUUAUAAACAGCAUUUUAUACAAAGCAUAUUGCCUCAUCAUGUCGCGUGGCCAGUAUUAAGGGAAAGUGCCUCUUGGAUAGAUUUUUUGAAUGUUUAUUCGACUAAUCUCUAUUUACCAAUUAUGUUCGUAGAGUUUAUAAACUUAUUGAUUACCGUGGACUAUUUGUGGAAACCAGGUACCGAAAAAACUGCCUCAACAGCAAUGUUAUUCGUAAAACCACUGUAUUGUGGAAUCUUAUUCGACCAAUCUUUAAUGUUAAAUAGAAGCAGUGAUGAUGAUAUUGAUAGAAAGAAACAAGAUCAUCUGAAGAAAGAAUUACAAGAAAACACAAUGGGUAAUUCAUUUUCACGAACCACGAGUUCUCACAAAGAGAAAGUUAUACCAAAGAUCUAUGCUUGUGCUACACUGUGGCGUGAAAAUGAAAAGGAGAUGACACAACUGUUGAAAUCCAUAUUCAGAAUGGAUUUGGAUCAAUUCGAUAAAAGUUUCGCCAAGCGAAUUUCAGAUGGUCCAAAACCGCAUACAUAUGAAUUCGAAGCUCACAUAUUCUUUGAUGACGCAUUUAAAGAGGACAGCAAGAAGUAUACAGUUAAUAGAUAUGUUCUUCAGCUUUUGAAGGUGAUAGAAAUGGCCUCAAGAGCUGUUUAUAUUGACUCAGUUGAGCUAUCGAAACCUAAUAAAUACCUUACACCAUAUGGUGGGCGGUUUGAGUGGACAAUGCCUGGUGAUAAUUUGUUGGUUGUUCAUUUUAAAGAUAAGAAGAAAAUACGAGUUAAGAAAAGAUGGAGUCAGGUUAUGUAUAUGUAUUACCUACUGUCCUAUCGAAUAAUUGAUAAUAAUACCAUCCCCAAACACAAAAAGUUUUCUACAGCAUCAAAUACAUUUAUACUAGCUCUUGAUGGCGAUAUCGAUUUUUAUCCUGAUGCUGUACAUUUGUUACUGGAUCGGAUGAGAAAGGAUGGACAACUUGGUGCUGCUGCAGGCAGAAUUCAUCCAAAAGGAUCUGGUCCUAUGGUUUGGUACCAAAAGUUCGAGUAUUCUGUUGGUCAUUGGUUACAGAAAGCAACAGAGCAUAAACUAGGUUGUGUCCUCUGUAGUCCUGGUUGUUUUAGUCUCUUCAGAGGAAGUGCUCUUUUACAACAUAACGUUAUCAACAAAUACGCAACAAUUCCUAGACAAGCUCAUCAUUAUAUACAAUUUGAUAUGGGAGAAGACAGAUGGCUAUGUACUCUGUUAUUACAAGCUGGUAAACGUAUUGAGUACUGUGCUGCAGCUGAUGCUUCCACGUUCUGCCCAGAGGGAUUUACAGAGUUCUAUAACCAGAGAAGACGUUGGACACCAUCCACCAUGGCUAAUAUCAUUGAUCUUCUUAGUUCUGGGAAUUCACUACGGAAUAACAACCCAAAUAUUUCAGUCUUGUAUAUUAUGUAUCAAGUUUUCCUGUUCGUGUCGUCAAUUCUUACACCCGGAACAAUUUUCUUGUUGAUUUUGGGCGCUUUUAACACGGCUUAUCCUACAGUACCGUUAUAUGUUGCACUGAUUCUGAAUCUACUACCGGUUGUUGUGUUCAUCAUUUUGUGUUACUCUGCCACAGAAAAUAUUCAGCUUGGGUAUGCCGCUGUAAUGUCAACAAUUUAUUCCCUUGUAAUGAUGAUUGUAAUUGUCGGUUUAAUCAAACAAAUAGUAGAAAGUGAAUUCUGCUCAGUCACCGCUAUUUUCUUCUUGGGUGUGGUCGGAAUAUUUGUGAUAUCAGCCAUGUUUCAUCCGAGAGAGAUCCUAAACAUUUUCCACGGAUUCAUGUAUUUCCUGACCAUUCCAUCAUCGUCGAUGUUACUCAUCAUUUAUGCUUUGGGGAACCUAAAUAAUGGUUCUUGGGGAACUCGCGUUGACACAACUGUGCCAGCACGCACUGAAAUUCCUGAUGAAAUGAUGAACGACACGAAUGCAACAAAGACUAAACCAAAAUUGGGUGCCCUCAGUCCAGAUACCUUAUUCGAGACCAUAAGAACCAAAUUUUCUUCAGAUUACGUAUUUUCUUUUGGAAACUUAUUUCGGUGUUUGUGUUGUCCCACUGGCCAAGUCAAAGAGGAAGAUGUAAAGAUGAAAGCUAUAUUAGAGAAGUUAGAGAGUGUAGAAGACCAACUUGAUGAUCUGAAGAAUGUUGUAAGAGGUAAAUCCAGAUCGGUACAGGAAGACGAAUGGAAUAAUUUGCCGUAUUUAGCUCCGGAUAAGGGGACUCAGGCGUUUAGUGCAGCAACUUCCAGCUUCCAUCCAGCAAAAAUACAUCUAGGUAUUAGUUUUUUUGUUUUAUUAUUUAAGAAAAUGAAUAGUUGA